UCAGAAUGCUCUUUUAUUGAUAAACUAAUUAUUUGUUAUAUUUCAUCGAUAGAGGGCGCUGUUAAAUUGGACCGUAAGCUAUAACUUUCUGCAGUCACGCUUUUGCAGUCGCCAUAUUUCAUGUUUUGUUAGUACGUCAUCCCAAAGUCAUUAAACCGUGUUCACCUGAUUACAACUUACAAGCCUGUCAAGUCUGAAGUUGACAUUUGAUACCGACACCCCGUCACAUGAGUUUAAUGACUGGGAUCUUUGAAGAUACAUGUACGCCGACAACAUGAGCGUAGUUAGUAGUGGUGAGCACAGCGUCAAGCACCAUGAUGGUGACUCAACAUGUGGAGAUGGUGAAAGGCAGGGGGAGUUAGUACGUCCAGAGGACUCCGCCAGUCAGUUAUCGUCAAGGACGAGCACCACGAAGUCGUCACUUGGUAGAACCAGGAAGAGGCUCGUCGCCAAGAUGGCAGCGCUUGAAGCAGAGGCAGCAAGCUUACGAGAGAUGCAGGCGAUAGAGCUGGAAGAGCUGAAAUUGCGUCAAAGAAAGCAAGAGCUCGCACUCAAGACCACGAUGGACAUGGCUAAGGCGGAAAAAUUAGUUUACGCCAUUGAUGAGGACUGUCUUCACAUGACACCCCCAAAUUCGACACCAUCACCAGCACUGAGCGACAAGCAGGAGUCAUCAAAGGACAGUGUCCCUGAAGCAGGGGAUGAGCAGACACCCCAGAAGGAACCACGUAACUCCCCUGUGGAUAGCCCGUCAAAUACGACACUGAAGAACGAAGAGCCCUCCGUGGACAAACCCAAGACAACCCCAACGGAUGAUGACAACCCACAAAAACAAGCCUCGCUCCUGGAAUUGGUAAAAAGGGGGCAACAACAGCAGCGGUGCUUGCUAGCAACAAUGCAACUUCCGAGAGCAGAGUUACCAACCUUCGAUGGCAACCCACUACAAUACUGGACCUUUCUGCGUGCAUUCGAGAACAGUGUAGACAAUGCAGAUAUCGAUGUCAAUGCUAAGCUAAUAAGGCUUCUCAAGUACUGUACCGGAAAAGCAAGGAAGAUCAUAGAGUGUUGUGCCAUAAUGCAGCCAGAUGUUGGUUACCAGAGGGCGAAGGCACUUCUCAAAGAACGUUUUGGCAGUGAUUAUGUCAUAGCUGAGGCGUGGGUAAAUAAGGUAACAAAAGGUGCGCCCUUGGCUUCCCAUGAUAAAGUAGGGCUAAGAGAAUAUGCUGAUGACCUCAAAGUUUGUAAGGAAACGUUGGACACAAUGGGGUAUACCCAGGAAAUAGGAACCCAGGGUGUAAUGGUAAAACUUGUAGAGAAGCUGCCCAGUUAUUUGCGUAAUCGCUGGAUAAAACAUGUUAGGGGGUUUAGAAAGAGUAACAAGUCUCCUAAGAUUGUUAAUUUGGUUGAGUUUGUUGAAGAUGCAGCCCAGGAGGCCAAUGAUCCUGUAUAUGGUAAUUUACAUGUAAGUGCAUAUAAGCCACAAAAACCAGAGAUGAGGCCUAAAGUAACCAGACCAGACAAAACUAGCUAUGCAUUGGUAACAAAUAGCAAGAUGAAUGAACAUGUAACAUGUGUUAUGUGUAAGGGUAACCAUACACUGUUUGGUUGUUCUGAAUUCAAGGGUAAAACACCAGAAGAGCGGUUUAACUUUGCCAAAGCCGAAAGAUUAUAUUACAAUUGUUUAAGGCCAGGACAUGUUUCAAGUGCAUGUAGUUUGCAUAGAGUUUGUUCUGUUACAGGUUGCGGUAAAAGACACACAAAGUUCUUGCAUCCAUUAAAACAGACACCGUCGUCUAGUGUUGGAGAUGCUAGACCAGCUGGGCUGGAGGCAACAGCGCAAAGUAGCUUCACUGAGACGGACCUUGGCACUUCUUGCGUCACAGGGGUCGGGGUGUACAGAGUUGCCCUACCCAUUGUUGCAGUGAAGGUCAGUGCGGUAGAUGGCCAUUGUAGCAUUGACACUUACGCUCUUCUUGACAAUGGUUCCACAAGCAGUUUCUGUACGGAGGAGCUUGCAUCACAACUGAACAUUGAGGGUAAAAGGCAAUCUUUGACCCUAACCACAAUGACAAAGGCAAAGGUAAAGACUGAAACAACCGUCGUCAGCUUGGUGGUGAACAGUUUCGACCAACAAGGGGCAGUUAAUCUGGAUAAGGUCUAUACACGGCACUCACUCCCGAUUAAUGAUGACAACAUAGCUGAGCCAGAAGACAUCAAGAAAUGGCCACAUCUGCAAGACAUCAGCAUCCCCCAAGUCGAGAAAGGAAAGGUACAUCUAUUGAUUGGUCAAGACUCGCCAGAGGCUCUCGUACCAUUGGAAGUGAGAAGUGGUGAAACAAAGGCACCCUAUGCUACCAGAACUCGGCUUGGAUGGUCCUUAAAUGGGCCAUUAGGAAUGUCCAGAAGGGCUGCGGUCACGUCAAGCUAUGUGGCAGUUGAUGACACUCUUGAGCAACAGCUUCAGAGAUUCUGGAAAUUGGAUGCUGCUGAGUCACUGUAUGAUGAUGACAAGGGCAUGUCAGUCCAAGACAAGAGAGCAAUUGCAUUGUGGGAGAAGACUGUUUGCCUGAAGGAUGGGCACUAUGAAUUGCCAAUACCCUUCAAGAACAACCCGCAAAGGCUUGCUGAUAAUCGAAUGGUCGCAGAGCAACGCCUAACAUCAUUGGGCAGACGUCUGAAGAGGGACUGUCAGUUGAAGGCACGCUAUACAGAAGGCAUGAAGGAGUUGGUAGGUAAUGGAUAUGCUGAGGUAGUUGUAGGGGAUGAUUGUGUAACAGAUGCAGCCAUAUGGUAUCUACCACAUCAUCCGGUACUCGAUUCGGGUAAACAAGGGAAGAUGCGGAUCGUCUUCGAUUGUGCCGCUAAACACAAUGGUCAGUCCUUGAACACGCAGACAAUCAGUGGGCCAGACCUGACAAACAAAUUGUUGGGCGUACUCCUGCGCUUUCGACAAGAGCAAGUGGCAGUUUUGGCAGACAUUCGCGCCAUGUUCCACCAGGUCAGAGUGUCUCCAGAAAACCGAGACGUCUUGCGUUACCUUUGGUGGCCUGACGGAGAUACUUCACUUGAACCGGCUGUGCACAGGAUGACUGCACACCCAUUCGGCGGGACAUGGAGUCCCAGUUGCUGUUCCUUUGCUUUACGACGUACUGCAGAAGACAACCGUCAAGAUUUCCAUCCAGACACAGUUGGCUGCGUCAAGCGCAGUUUCUACGUCGACGACUGCCUAGUCUCACUAGCAACAGAAGCUGAGGCUAUCCGGGUUUCUCGAGAGUUGUGAGAACUUUUGUCCAGAGGUGGUUUUCAAUUAACGAAGUGGUUGAGUAACAGCCCUGAAGUUCUUGAGUCUAUCCCACAAGAAGAUAGAGCUGUGGGUGUCAGGGGGCUAGACCUGAAUCAUGAAGCUCUACCUACAGAGAGGGCCUUGGGUAUGCAGUGGGAUGUCGAGACUGAUUGCUUUG